AUGCAGCUGACGGUGAAGGCGCUCCAGGGCCGUGAGUGCAGCCUGCAGGUGGCGGAGGAUGAGCUGGUGUCCACGCUGAAACAUCUGGUCUCCGAGAAGCUGAACGUCCCUGUGCGCCAGCAGCGGCUGCUGUUCAAGGGCAAGGCCCUGGCAGAUGGGAAAAGACUCUCCGAUUACAGCAUCGGGCCCAAUUCCAAGCUCAACCUCGUGGUCAAACCUCUGGAGAAGGUGUUAGUGGAGGAAAGUGCCACGCAGAAAGUGGCCGAGGCCCCGCCCCUGUGCCCACCCGCCUGGCAGCUCAUCGCCAAAGUCUUGGCCCGCCACUUCAGUGCCGCCGAUGCCAACAGGGUCCUAGAUCAGCUACAGAGGGAUUAUGAGAAGUCCCUGAGCCGCCUGACCCUGGAUGACAUCGAACGUUUAGCCAGCCGCUUCCUGCACCCCGAAGCCACGGAAGUUAAGGAGAAGGGGUUCUCUAAAUAA